AUGAGGCAAUGGGAUGCAGUCACCAAAACCUAUACGAAAACAAAAUUAUCUCAAAUGGAGUAUUACAGUUACCGCAUAUUUAAACGUGCAGAAGAAUAUUCAACCAUCUUAAGAGCCGGAAAACUUUUUCAAGAGUUCUUAGUUGAUGCAUGGGCUGCUACAGAGCAAAGUAAGUUGGCAUGGCUCAGAUUCAACCAACCAACUCUGCGUUCUGACAUCUACAGUUGCAUUGCAGAUAUGACAAAUGCGGAUUUAAAUCCGGUGAUAGAGAGUGUCACUGAUCGUCCUGGUUUGGUAGCUCGAGUUUUUGAGCUGAAGAGAAAAGCAUUGAUGAAAGAAAUAAAGGAAAAAAAGGUGUUCGGCACGGUGGUCGCCCAUGUUUAUACCAUCGAGUUUCAAAAACGUGGGCUACCACAUAUGCAUGCUCUUAUAUUUUUGAAAGAUUCGGAAAAAAUUCGUACGACAGACAUGGUUGAUAAAUUUAUUUCGGCUGAAUUUCCUAAUGAGAUAAAUGACCCAAUACUGUUUGAUACCGUAAGCAAAUGUAUGGUUCAUGGUCCAUGUGGAGAGCGAGAUCCAUAUGCAGCGUGUAUGGAAAAAGGAAAAUGUACAAAAGGAUAUCUUAAGAAGUACACCGACACAACAACUUUGGACGAGGGAAUAAGAGCUGUAAAAUAUAUUAGAAAAUACAUUUACAAAGGUGGUGACCGAGCUACGAUGGUUUUGGGAGAACAUGACGAGAUUCAACAAUAUAUUGAUGCGAGGUACAUUGGACCACAUGAGGCUGUAUGGCGUUUGAUUGAGUACCACUUGCAUGAAGAAUAUCCUGAUGUACAACGGUUGGCAAUUCAUUUACAGAAUAGGCAACGAGUUGUUUAUAACACAAGGAAAUCAAUGACCUCGGUUAUACGAACAUCACAGGAACAUAUGACGAAUUUGAUGGGUUAUUUUGAAUAUUCUGCUAAAAAUCCUAAUGCUCCGGCAUAUACUUAUCAACAGUUCCCGCAACACUUUGUAUGGUGUAAAAGGGUUAAACAGUGGAAAAUUAGACAAAAAGGAUUUGCAAUUGGAAGAAUGUAUUUUGUUACCCCUAACGCUGGAGAGUUGUACUACUUACGUAUGUUACUCACAACUGUUAGAGGUGCUAAUUCUUUUGAAGACUUGAAGACUGUAAGUAAUGGAGACGUAGACGAGGUGCACAAUACAUUUCAAGAUGCAUGUAUUUCACUUGGGAUUUUAGCACAUGAUGGAGAAUCGGAAAAAUAUCUUCAAGAAGCAGUGGUUAUGCAAACUGGAAAUCAACUGAGGAAACUAUUUUGUAUUAUCCUAUCGCAAUGUAAUCAAUCAAGACCGGAGGUGUUGUGGGCGAAAUUUGGAAUGAAUAUAUGUGAUGAUCUACCACAGAGAUUGCGAACAAGGUUUAACAUCCAGAAUCCAACAGAUGAACUGGCAAUGGAUUACGGAUUAUACCUGUUGGAUCAACUGCUUCAACGAUCUGGAAAAAAACUAGAAAAAUAUGAAUCAAUGCCGAGACCAAGACAUGAUUGGGGUCAAAUAGUAGGUAACAAAUACAUUUGGGACCAUAGACAACUUCAGUUUGCAUUAAGUGAUUCGGUGAUUCAGUCAGAUAUUGAGAAAUUGAAUGUCGCACAACGUUCGGCGUACAAUGCGAUAGUGGAUUCUGUGAAUGAUCGCAAUGGACGAAUGUUUUUUCUGAAUGGCAGUGCAGGGACUGGAAAAACUUUUUUGUACAACACAAUAGCAAGAAGAUGUCGUAAAGAUGGAAAAAUAGUCUUAACUGUUGCUUCAUCUGGUAUCGCUUCACUACUUCUUGAUGGAGGUCGAACGGCACAUUCCACUUUUAAGAUUCCAUUUGAAGUCCAAGACGAUAACAGUAUUAGUAUUAGUAAAGACUCGGAUUAUGCCCAGCUGCUUAAAGAAGUAAGAUUGAUCAUAUGGGAUGAAGUUUCAAUGCAACAUAGAUUUUGUGUGGAAGCAGUUGAUCGCCUACUACGAGAUAUUCGCAGUGAUGACAGACACUUUGGAGGUGUAACAGUCGUCUUGGGUGGAGACUUUAGACAAACUUUACCAGUGGUCUCGAAUGCAAGUCGAGAACAAACUGUUGGAGCAUCUAUAAGAGGUUCAUUGCUUUGGGAUUACAUUACUGUCUUGACGUUAAACCAAAAUAUGCGAUUGGAGCAGGAAUCGGAAAAUUUGGAGUUUGCUGACUACUUGCUUGAGAUUGGAACGAACCCUAAAGAGGUUGUUAAUUUGCCAUCGACAAUGGGUAGAUGUCAAAACAUGCAUGAGCUAAUAUCUUCGGUGUAUCCUCUGUUGGUAAUAGACGAACCAAUGUCACCCAAAUACUUAACCGAGAGGAUCAUUUUAUCUCCACUUAAUGAAUACGUCCAUAAGAUUAAUAUGGAUGCAUUAGAAAGAUUACAUGGGGAGACUUACACGUAUUUUGCUGCUGACAAAAUGAUUCGGGAUGAUCAUGGAAGGGAUUCGGAUUUUACAACUGAAUUUCUCAACAAUUUAAGUCCACCAGGAACACCUCCAUUUAAGCUGGACCUCAAAGUUGGAUGUACCAUCAUGUUGCUGAGAAAUCUGGCACCGAAAGAAGGCCUUUGUAAUGGUACAAGACUGGUGGUGACGAGGUGCGGACGACACGUGAUUGAAGCUAAAAUCAUAAUGGGAGAAAAAGCUGGUGAAGUAGUAUUCAUCCCUAGAAUAACUUUUCAACCUUCAGCUUCAGAGCUAAACAUACAAAUGGAAAGACGUCAAUUUCCCAUACGCGUUGCAUAUGCGAUGACUAUUGACAAAUCCCAGGGACAAUCGGUGAAGUAUGUGGGAAUUGAUUUACGUACUCCAGUAUUUAGUCAUGGUCAGCUAUAUGUCGCAUUGUCCAGGUGUACUGCUGCAAGGAGAAUUACUUUAUUAUUUCCAAAUGAAUCAAAUGUGUCUUUAGAUCCGGUAACAAAAAAUGUAGUGUAUCCUGAAGUAUUAUUAUAG